AUGGUAAAGGCUGUUAAAGGAACUAUAUUGAAAUGUGAUCCAGCUGUAAAACAAGUGAUCCUGAGUAUGAAUAAUUCCGAAAGAGAACCAUUUAUAAUUGAGGAUCUCGACGAAACUCAUCUUUUUGUCGAUACUGCACACGUAGAGAGGAUCAAAAGACGAGUGGAGCAACUUCUCGAGGAAAAUACUUAUAAAAUUGAACAACUAGAUCCUAAACAAUAA